AUCAUGGCGGACGCCUUUGGUGAUGGAUUGUUCAGCGUGUUUGACGAUGAUCAACCAACUACUACAAGCAAAAAAGCACCAUCCUCUGCAGCUCCUGAAAUAGGAAAAUCUAUAAGUAAAAAUGGAUCUGAUAGGGAUGCUGGUCCUUCUGCUCGAGGCAAGAGGGAGGCAGACAGUGAUGGUGGAGAGGAGGUGAUGCUUGGGAAGAAGGCUCGGCAUGAGGCAGCCUCUUCUAAUGACCUGAAUCUUGCAGAGUUUAUGCCCCAAGUCAAAGUAGAGCCAGUUGAGACGGUGGAAGGAUGCUCCCAUGAGGUUGCUCUGCCUUCAUAUGAAGAAUAUAAACCUCUCAAACCUAGAGUGGGAAAGGCAGCUAAGGAGUAUCCUUUUGUUCUUGACCCUUUCCAGCGUGAGGCCAUCCUGUGUAUUGAUAAUAACCAGUCUGUGCUUGUGUCUGCACACACGUCUGCUGGCAAAACUGUUUGUGCUGAAUAUGCCAUAGCCCUGGCCCUCAGAGAAAAGCAGAGGGUGAUCUUCACCAGCCCCAUCAAAGCCCUGUCCAAUCAGAAAUACAGGGAGAUGUAUGAAGAGUUCCAGGACGUAGGACUGAUGACUGGAGAUGUGACCAUCAACCCCACCGCCUCCUGUCUCGUCAUGACAACAGAGAUCUUGAGGAGCAUGCUUUACCGAGGCUCUGAAAUCAUGAGGGAAGUAGCGUGGGUCAUAUUUGACGAGAUUCACUACAUGAGAGAUGCAGAGCGUGGUGUGGUGUGGGAGGAGACCAUCAUUCUUCUUCCUGACAACGUGCAUUAUGUAUUCUUGUCCGCCACCAUCCCCAAUGCCAGACAGUUUGCUGAAUGGAUUUGCCACCUACAUAAGCAGCCUUGCCAUGUAGUGUACACAGACUACCGUCCCACUCCACUGCAACAUUAUAUAUUUCCAGCAGGGGGCGAUGGACUCCAUCUGGUAGUGGAUGAGAAUGGAGACUUCAGAGAAGACAAUUUCAACACAGCUAUGCAGGUCCUGCGAGACGCUGGGGAUUCUGGGAGCAGCAGUGGAGGCAAGUGGGAUCCGAGAGGACGGAAAGGAGGCACUAAAGGUCCAUCCAGUGUGUUCAAAAUAGUCAAAAUGAUCAUGGAGAGGAACUUCCAGCCCGUCAUCAUUUUCAGCUUCAGUAAAAAAGAGUGUGAGGCCUACGCUCUGCAAGUGGCCAAACUGGACUUCAACAGAGAUGAGGAGAAACGUCUGGUGGAAGAAGUGUUCAACAACGCAGUGGACUGUCUGUCAGAUGAAGACAAGAAACUCCCUCAGGUGGAGCACGUGCUGCCACUGUUGAAGAGAGGAAUAGGAAUCCAUCAUGGAGGUCUCCUUCCUAUUCUGAAAGAGACUAUUGAGAUCCUUUUCUCUGAAGGUCUACUGAAGAACACGGACCUGACCAGCACAGCAGGUUACGAUGCCAUUAUCCAGUAUCACAGCGACUGCAGGAGGACGUGCAAAGAGGUGGAGGAGUUCAUGAAAGCAAGGCGGCGAUUCGUUGGCGCAUGUUUUGGACUAGGCGUCGGAUGGUGUCCUGCAGAAUCCUGUUCCACUCUUGCUGUAGUGCCUGGAUCAGCUGCUGCCUGGCUACGCCUGGCUAGACUGAACACGUUAGCCUCGCUCACCUCAGCUGGCGCAAAACAUGAGAGACGAGGCCAGAAACUGGAGGAAUUUCGAGAAAAACAACGAGAAGCCAGAAAGAAGGUUUGCACUUUUACCAGCAGCGUCGAAGAAACCUAUGAGCAGAAGUGCAGAGAUAAAGAAGAAGCAGACCAGAAUGUGAAUCGAAACACCAACAACACCAAGCACAUGACAGCUUAUGCAAAAGCACAGCAGGCCAAACAGAACGCAGAAGAAGCAGGUACGCUGAAAAAAAACAGCUCCUCUGUACCUCCUCACCUACAUUUGGACUUGGGUAAAGAAAUGUGUAAGAAAUAG